AUGGCGAUGACUGGGAAUCUGAGGAUCUCUGCGAGCUUAGUAUCUCCUUAUCUUCACCAUCCUAAAUGCUUCUCGUUACCUUCUUCUAAGGUUGAUUUCACGGGCUUCAUAAGUAAUGGCGUAAACAGUUUGGACACUUGGAAAUGUCCCGGAGUGUCGAUCAGCCGUGAAAACACACGAGGUCAAGUGAAGGUUUUUGCAAGGAACACCGGAGAGUAUGAACUAUCACCAAGCCCAGCUGAGCAAGAGAUUGAGAGCUUUCUCUACAAUGCCAUCAACAUGAGUUUCUUUGACCGGUUAAACCUGGCUUGGAAGAUAAUAUUCCCUUCACAUGCAUCGAGAAGGAGCUCCAACGCUAGAAUCGCUAAGCAGCGGCUCAAGAUGAUCCUAUUCUCAGACAGGUGUGAUGUUAGCGAUGAAGCUAAAAGGAAAAUAGUCAACAACAUUAUUCACGCACUGUCAGAUUUCGUAGAGAUCGAAUCAGAGGAAAAAGUUCAGCUAAAUGUCUCCACGGAUGGUGACCUUGGGACCAUUUACUCGGUCACAGUGCCUGUUAGGAGAGUGAAACCAGAGUACCAAGAUGUGGACGAAGUUGGAUCCAUAACCAACGUGGAAUACAAAGAUACGCUUGAUGGUUCUGUCGAUGUUAGGUUCGAUUUUUAUGUUCCAGAGUAA